GAAUGUUCAUUAUAGAAUUCCAACCCUCUAAACCCCAAAUCAUAGAGGAGGGUUUUAUUGCAGGCGUGAGGGAAAAGCAUAGAAAAGAGAAGAAGAGACGGAGGCGAUUCAAUGGAAACCCAAAAACAGAACAGUAAAAAGCGGAAGCAAGUUUUCCCAUACGGAAACUACAGGAGUUACUACGGAUAUCGAAUUGAUCAAGGCACGGAUGAAGAUCCUCGAUUGAAAGUGUUAAGAAAGGAAUGGUUUGAAGGGAAGGAGUGUCUUGAUAUCGGCUGCAACAACGGGAUAAUCACUAUACAGAUUGCACAGAAGUUUUGCUGCCGGAGCAUUCUUGGAAUUGACAUUGAUUCUGAUCGAGUUCAGGAUGCAUAUUGGAAUCUCAGAAAAUCUGCUAGAUUGAGCUCUUCUGGGAAUAAACCUGAGAAAGCCUCCAAACUUCAGGACAAGGAUCAUCCUGAUGAUUCAGGCAACAGAGUUACUGCCUUGUCAAGUGUUGAUACGAAGGAGAUUUCAAAGAAACAUUCUUCUCCAGAGCAAAUUGAUCUGUUUACUAUAGUUUCAUUCAAACGGGAAAAUUUUGUUCAGAGUCAACAUCCACCAGGAAAGAACUAUGAUACAAUUCUUUGUUUGAGUGUAACAAAGUGGAUACAUCUAAAUUGGGGGGAUGAUGGCUUAAUUACUUUAUUUUCAGAGAUUUGGAAACUGCUCCGACCUGGUGGCAUUUUUGUGGUGGAACCUCAACCAUGGAAGUCAUACGAAAGCAAUCGUAAUGUCUCAGAGACCACUGCUGCCAACUACCGUACCAUUACAAUUCGUCCAGAACAAUUUCAGGAAAUAUUACUAGAUAAGAUUGGAUUUCGAACAGUAGAAGACAUCACUUCCGGUUUGACACUUAGCAAGACUGGUUUCAAUAGACCAAUUUUGGUUUUCCGCAAAUGAUCUCUGCAGGGUCAGGUGCAGAGUCAAUGUCAUUUAACAUGGAGUAGUUUUACUUUUACUCCACAUAGAUGUGACUGUUAUAUGUUGACAUCAAUGCUGGCUCACAGACCGCAAUCUUGCUUGCAGUGGACCUAUUGUUCACGACGAAAACUUGAUAUGCAUGGAGCAUCCUUUGUGAGAAUAGCAGUAGUAAAACAAAUUGAGUCGAGGGGGCUUGGAAUGUAGAGGAAAAUGCACACUAAAAUAUUUAUAUCUUGUGUAAAUUUACUCCACUUAUUUAAGUUUUAAGCUAAGAAAUGGGAAGUAAUUUCUCUUUUAUUUUAUAGAUAUAAUGAUUGAAGUAUUUUAUGUUUACAA